AAAAUUGGCCUCGCAUUGCGCCUAUAUUCCCGCACAGCUCUGCAUGCUCAGACGCCUGCAGUGGCAAGAACUUUCAUAAUUCUGGCUGGAUGACAGCAAACGAGGCCGCCGCGCCGCCUGCGCCGGACGCUGCAAGAACGAGCUCAAUGGAGUUGGCCGGUUCUCCAGCGCCGCGCGCAGCCCCCGCUGCACUGCCCUCCCCCGAGGAGGCACCCGCAACCAAUACAGAAGCAAUGCAGCCGCCGGAGCCCGCGGAGGAGGCCGCGCUCACGCAGGCCGAGGCCGUCGCGCCCGACUUCGAGACGCCGGCCUCGCCCAAGCCGCCCAAGGCCACGACGAACGCCCCGAAGGCGGCCCGCGGCCUCGACCAGCCCGCCAAGCCCCUGCCGCCGCCGCCCCUGACGCCGAACGCGUCCUCCGAGGCGCCGACGCCGUCGCCGGCGCCGCCGUCGAGGCCGACGAGCAAGGACAAGGAGUGGUCGCCGGGCGCGGCCAUCGACUCGGGCAACGCCUCCGCCGCGUCGCCCUCGCUGUCGCGGAAUGGUAGUAGGGGAAGCGCGACGGACCCGUCGCCGCCGUCGCCGAGCGGCACGCAGAGUUUAGAAUGGGAGUCCCAGGCGUCGCUGUCCCCGACGCGUUCGAUCGGGCCCUCGCGGCGCCGCGUCGAGAGCGUCGGGAGCGCGCUGCGCCAGGGCGGCCGCCCGGAGCAGCAGGAUAGAGUGCUGGUCGAGAAGGCGCCGGGCGUCGGGUUGAUCGUCGGCGUCUUUGACGGGCACGGCGGCGCCGAGGCCGCAGAAUUAGCGUCGAAGGACCUGUGGCCGCGCGCGCGGCAGCGCGGCGCCGGUUCCAUAGAGAGGGCCCGCGAGUCGCUGCGGGGCGCGUUCGACGACCUGCAGACGGAUAUCGACGAGGCGCACACGGCCUGGCCGCCGAACGCCACCCUAAGAGCGCCGUCGACGGCGGGCACGACGGCCGUGCUCUGCAUUGUGAGGGACGUGGGCGAUUUGAUCGACGUCGCGCACGUGGGCGACUCGCGCGCGGUCGUGGGGCGAAGAUUGGGGGGAGACGACGUCAGUGACGGCGACGAGCUGACGCCGCCGCAGCGCGGGCGCGCCUGCCGGGCCGUCAACCUGACGACGGACCACAAGUGUCAUGAUGUGGAUGAACGAAGGCGCAUCGAGGCCGCGGGCGGGCGCGUCUACGUCUAUGGCGGCGCGCGGGGCCCCGUGGACUCAAGAGUUGGUCUUCCCCGCUUAAAAGCGGACUGCAGCAUCCAGAUGAAGCGCCAGAAGGUCACGGGCGAGAUUGUUGAUUUGCCGUUCCUGAACAUGAGUCGGGCGUUGGGGGAUUGCUGGUCGCGGCACCCGCUGACGGGUAUAAGGUUAGUGAGUCCGGAGCCGGACAUCACGCGGCACACGCUGGCACGCACCGAUAGAUUCCUGCUGCUCUACUCCGACGGCGUCUCCGGCGUGCUUUCUGAUGAUGAGGCGUGCCGCUUUGUGGCGGACGAGCUGCGGGUCAUGGACGCGGCGCGCAUCACGGGCCGGAGGGGUUCUAGAAGAUCGGAGACCAACCGCGCCACGCGCGUCGCUGAAAGAUUAGCGGACUACGCGCUCCAGAAGUGGCACGACAAGUUCGGCGGGAACGCGACGGCCGACAACGUGUCGGUGGUGUUGGCCAUCUUCGAGGACCCGCCGCCCUCGCUUCCGCUGGAGCGCGCGGCGUCGGCGCCGGCGGUCGUCGGCGCGCGUUCGGAGGCGGCGCGGGAGCCCGUGGUCUUCGCCGAGUCCGCGCCGGCCGACCUCGUGCCUCCCUCACGAGCGGCGACGGCGCCGCUCGCGCGCGCCUACUCCAUGGCGCCGCAGACGUCGCCGACGUCCCUCAAGCGGGCGAACAAGGGCGGCGCGGAGUCGUCCGACGAGUCGCCGCGGAAGCGGAGCAAGCAGCCGCUGCCGAGCCUGGCCGAGUAGCCCUCUCUUCUUCCGUGUUUGUUUGAUCACCGGGUGGGGCAAGUUACAAUAAGCGUUUCUAUCGAAAAA